AUGCUCAGCUUCGACGGAGAACUAAGUGAACAACACAAAUAAGAGAUGCAAAAGCACGGCAACUUCUCUCAAGAGAAUAUUGCUGACCAUUACAACGAGCUCAGCUCUCACUACGAAGAGAUCUACCUCAGAGCUGGAUGGCACGAUCCCCUAAAGUGCGCUGAACUAGCAAAAACAUGUAUGGGAGACAUUGCAGAAUCUGCCGUUGUAUUAGAUAUGGGAUGUGGUACUGGUCUUGUUGGUAAAUACCUUGUUGAGAGAGGGUUCAAAGAGAUCGUUGGUGUUGAUGCUAGUGCUGGUAUGCUUGAAAAGGCAAGAUCAAAGGGAUCUUACACAGAGCUUCAGGAGUUAUUCCUUGGAUUACCAGACACUUUCCCAGAGAACCUUCACAAUAGAUUUGACAUUAUCACUGCUAGUGGUAUCUUAGCAGAGGGUCAUCUAGACAAUAAAGUGUUUGAUGAAAUGCUAAUGGCUCUUAAGACUGGUGGAUAUGCUAUCUUUGCCACAAGAACCAUGUACCUUACUUAAUACAACUACAUCGAGAAGAUCACUGAACUAGAGAAGGAUGGAAAAUGGAAACUUGUUCACGAUGUAACCUUUGAUAGAUAUGAUAAACUAGAGGAAGAAGUAGGUAGAUUCAAGAAAGUUGAGGCUAAGGCUUUCGCUUAUCAAAAACUCUGA